AUGUCGCCAUCCCUGUCUCGAGCCGCAGAUUCCAGGGCUUCCAGACUACACAAAUACCAAGAGAAGGAAAGUGAAUCUACUUUUGCAGAAGAUUUCAAUGUGGGCAGCUCCGAAUCCCUCGAUCUUUCAUUUUCCAAGUUCACUAAUGUUUCGGGAAGUCAUACCGCCAGAACAAAGUCAAAUGCAUCUCGUGGCUCAUCAGCUCCAGAUCUGGACAAAUUACUUGAAAGAACCCAAACUGCCUAUUCUGACCGCAUCCAUGGAUCCAAAAUGGAGCCUAUUUUUGAAACUUCCAACAUGGAAGUGCCCAGAUAUUCACCCUUUGUCAGUGGGCUUCACCUACCCAAAAGUCGAAACUCAAACCAGAUCCAAGGUAGCUUGAAUCCAGGCUUUCCUUUGACUCCAUCGGACGAAAUUCCUCCUCCUAUUAACCGCAAAGUUUCAGAGAAAAUCUCAUUGACUCCAGCACAAAGAGUGGAGAAGCGACUGGGACCCAAAUACAAGAACACUUUAGAUAAUUUCAAAUUCUUCGAGAAGGUGGGCCGGGGUGCUUACGCGGAUGUUUACCGAGGAGUCAACCUCAAAACCAACCAGGUAGUUGCCAUCAAGCAAAUAGCACUAGAUCCAGGCCACGAUCUUCUGGUGCUAAUGGGUGAAAUUGACCUCUUGAAGAUAUUAAAGCAUGAGAACAUUGUUAAGUACCAUGGAUUUGUGAAGAACCUGACUUCGCUCAAUGUUAUCUUAGAAUAUUGCGGCAGAGGUUCUCUUCGCCAACUCUACAAGCAGGCAGGUCACGGAUUUGCUGAACCGGAAAUUGUAAGCUAUGUCAAACCCAUUCUCCGGGGUCUUAAUUAUCUUCACGAACAAGGUGUGGUACAUCGCGACGUCAAAGCAGCCAAUGUUCUACUAACUGACUCCGGUGAAGUGAAAUUGGCGGACUUCGGUGUCGCCACGAAAGUUGCUAAUCUGCAUAACACAGUAGUUGGAACUCCUAACUGGAUGGCCCCAGAAUCGGUUCUAGGCGGAGAAGGUAUCUGUACGGCCUCAGACAUUUGGUCGCUUGGAGCUACCAUCAUCGAGUUAUUUACUACACAUCCACCCUACCAUGACUUGGUUCCAAUGGCAACUCUUCAUGCAAUCGGUACCGACGAACACCCUCCAUUACCGUCUGGGUUAUCUCCAUUGACAAAAGAUUUUCUUUUGGAAUGUUUCCAAAAGCAGCCUAGUAUUAGAAUUAGUGCUAAAUUGCUCUUGAGACAUAAAUGGUUGAGCCAACUGACCCUUGAACCGACAGUCAGAAAGAAGAGCUCACUCCUUGCAAGACUCACUGAAUCACAGAAUGAAAACGAAAACAAUUUUGAUCUUGACUUUGCAGAGUCUGAAUUACCUGCUCCCUCAAGGUAUAUAUCGCCAACAGAAGUGAGACUUGAGCUCUCCGGCGAGGAACAGACUCCAUCGACGCCUGAGAAGAAGUACACAAGAACUGAACUUCUCACCAAAUUCACUGAUAUUGAAGAAGACUUGGAAAUUGAAACUCAAACCAACUCUGAUGAGUUGAGCCUCAAGCUCGUGAUGAGAGAAGAUUUCAAUCCAGAUGUCGGUGUGGACGAUGACAAUGAUCCAUUUCUUGAGCUUGAUAUUGAGAAUUUUAAUACCAAUGAACUUGAGGUGCAAAGCAAAAUGGAAUUUCUAACAAACAAGCUUGCAAACAGAGUUGCAAAUUGUCAUACCGGUAGCGAGGAAGUGACCCAGUCAUUGGUCAAAAUCACAGGAAGAAUGUUGCAACUUGUUAAGAAAUACCCAAGUCUGCACGAUGUCAUCAUUCGAGAGCAUGGUGUUCUCACAUUGAUGGAACUAUUAGAAAACGCUUUAGAUCUUGUGGAGGAGCAUAAACUUUGGUAUCAUGUACUUGCGACUUUGAACUACAUAUUUGCAGAUCAUGUUCCUCAAAUUGAGAACUUUGCCUUACUUGGAGGCAUCCCUAUGAUUACUCAGUUUUCGAAACUUUCUUUCAGUUUGCCAGUUCGGCUGCAAGUGGUUAAGUUUGUCAAGAUAUUACGCAAAUCUGACAAAGCAAUGCUCAUGUUUGUGUCUUCGGGAGGCUUGCGAGUGUUAUCACGGUUCUUGGAAGAAGAUUUUGAUCUUACUCCCGAUUUCCCUCUAGUAGCCAUAAACAGUAUCCACGAAAUCCUUGCAAAGGAUUUGACUCGGUUCAAGUCGGAUAUGUGUCGAAUACUUGCAAAGUACGGCGUGGUGUUCUGGCUUGUAGUGCUACUUAAUCGAUUUGCUCGUUACGCUUCCAACCCAAUCUCAGUUGUUCCCACGGAGCACGUUGAGGACACGAUUGAUAAAAUCCUCGGAGUGAUCAAAUUUUUUGCGCAAGCUGAACCCAAAGUCCGAAUCCGCAUUUCUAAUCCUGAUUUGUUCAAGCUUCUCAUCAAGGUUUACCCACUGUUGAACUUUUCGAGACAACAGGCAAUUCUCAAAUUCUUUAGGUCGAUAUCUUGCAUCAACCAGCUUUUGCGCCAGUUGUAUUCAGCAGAUAUUCUUGAGUUCUAUGUCAACCUUUUGAUGCAAUACACUCCAUCUACUCCACGAUAUAAAGAAGUUGUCAAUAUUGUUUGUCCAUCGCUUUACAAUUGUUGCUAUUUGAAUCACAGCAAAGAAACUGAGAUCGUGAGACUUGGUGUUGUUCCCGUUCUUAGAGAUCUCUCUAAGAUCAAUCUCCUGUUCCGACAGUUUGUCCUUCCAUUAAUUUGCGAGUUUGUUUACUGUGAUUCUUACGUGAGGCUGGUCCUCAUGAGGCACGACGUCCUCAAUAUAUUUUUUAACUUGCUAGUUGACCCAUACUGGCAUUUCAAUGCCAUGGACUCCAUUUUGCAUUGGUGUACCGAGGACCCUAGACUCCACUUACUUGAAUCUUCCAAGGCUAGAGAUUGUUUGACCAGUGGGUUUUUGAUGUCCAAGAUCUCUAACAUGGAGGCAGCCCUUGACAAUUACCUCACGCUUGUGACAUCAAAUAAAGAGGUCUUGGAUCUAAUGACUAAGGACUCUAUAGUGAGCUCGAUACUUACCAAGUUGUCUACUUACAGCAAAAAUCCGGCUACCAAGUUGUCAUUGCUAAGAAUCCUACGCUGUAUUGUUGAAAAUGCAGUGGAAGGUAAUCAUUACGAGUCGAUGUCAGCACUCAGCAAAGUGUACGACUUCAUGAACAUGAUUCUUACCAACGACUUCUCUGUUUUGGUCCAAGACUUGGCUUCUAAAAUCAAGAUACUCUUGAUGAAUCCGGUAUACAGAAGGGGCCGAGUUGACAUUCUUGACGAGCUUAACUACUCAAGUUAA